UAUAUAUUUUUUUUUUCUUGCUUUUAUUCAUCAUGGAUUCUAAAGAAACCACAAGUGGGUUUGGAAAGAACCCAAGACCACCCAAGGUCAAAAAUAAAGCCCCAGCUCCCAUUCAGAUUACAGCUGAACAGAUUUUACGUGAAGCUCAUGAUCGUCGUCUUGAACCUACUCACAGCAUUCCACAACAAAAGAUUGCUGACUUGGAAGAACUUUCAGAAUUUCGUCAACGUAAACGUAAAGAAUUUGAAGACAAUAUUCGAAAGAAUCGACUCAACAUUAGCAAUUGGAUCAAGUAUGCUAAUUGGGAAGAAAGUCAAAUGGAACUUCAACGUGCUCGAUCUGUGUUUGAGCGUGCACUUGAUGUCGAAUGGCGUAAUGUGGCCAUUUGGUUACGCUAUAUUGACAUGGAACUAAAGAAUAAAUGUGUCAAUCACGCUCGUAAUCUGUUGGACAGAGCAACCACCUUGAUGCCUCGUAUGGACCAGUUUUGGUACAAGUACACUUAUAUGGAAGAGACAUUGGGUGAAGUUCCCAAGGCAAGAAAUGUGUUUGAGCGCUGGAUGAAGUGGGAGCCACCAGAGAACGCUUGGAUGGCAUACAUCAAGAUGGAGUUGCGUUAUGAUGAAAAAGAGCGCGCCAGGGCUAUUUAUGAGCGUUUUGUUAGUAUUCAUCCUGAGCCUGCUAAUUGGAUCAAGUGGGCCAAAUUUGAAGAAGAACAAAAUAAUUUAGCAAAAUGUAGAGAGAUUUAUACGGCUGCUUUGGAAUACUUGGGCGAUGAGAAACUGGAUCAAAAGGUUCUGGUUGCUUUUGCCAAAUUUGAAAUUAAAACAAAAGAGUUUGAACGCGCUAGAGUCAUUUUCAAGUAUGGAUUAGAAAGACUUCCUAAAGCCAAAUCACAAUCACUCUAUAAUCAAUACACCAAUUUUGAAAAGCAGUAUGGUGAUAAGGCUGGUAUAGAAGAUGUGGUUAUUGGUAAACGACGUGUUCAGUAUGAGCGAGAAAUUGACGAUAACCCGAAAAACUAUGAUGUUUGGUUCGACUAUGCUAAACUGGAAGAAUCCGCUGGCGACCCGACUCGAGUACGAGAAGUAUAUGAACGAGCAAUUGCUCAAGUUCCACCUGCAGAAGAAAAGCGAUACUGGAGACGUUAUAUCUACCUAUGGAUCUACUAUGCGCUAUAUGAAGAACUAGAGACACAGGAUAUGGAACGUACACGUGAAAUCUAUGAGCAAUGCAUCAAGUUAAUACCUCACAAGAAAUUUACUUUUGCCAAGAUUUGGCUCUUGUAUGCACAGUUUGAAAUUCGACAACUGGAUGUCCAAAAGGCACGAAAACUACUAGGCAGAGCCAUUGGUAUGUGUCCCAAAAACAAGUUGUUCAAAGGAUAUAUCGAUUUAGAGUUUCAAAUGAGAGAGUUUGACCGUUGUCGUACGCUCUAUACAAAGUACCUUGAAUACAACCCUGCCAACUGUUCCGCCUGGAUCAAAUUUGCUGAAUUGGAAAGAGAUGUUCUGGGAGAAACAGAGCGUUGUCGUGCUAUCUUUGACUUGGGUAUUGCACAACCAGCACUGGAUAUGCCAGAACUACUUUGGAAAGCCUAUAUUGAUUUUGAAAUUGCAGAAGAAGAAUAUGACAAUGCUAGAGAUCUUUAUCACCGCUUAUUAGAACGUACAGAGCAUGUUAAGGUGUAUAUUAGCUUUGCUCAGUUUGAGUUGUCGAUACCAUAUGAAGAAGGAAGCGAUGAAAAUGUCAAGAAUUCUCGCAAUAUAUUUGCAAAGGCAUAUGAUAAAAUGAAGGAGAAGGAACUUAAAGAAGAGAGAGUUAUUUUACUUGAAGCAUGGAAAGACUUUGAAGAAAAUUACGGUACUGAUGAGACCAAACAAGCAGUACAGCAAAAGAUGCCCAAGGUAGUCAAGAAAAGAAGACAAGCUAAGGAUUCUACAGAGGAUAACAUCAUUUGGGAAGAAUACUUUGAUUAUAUUUUCCCAGAUGAUAAAGUACAAAGUGGUCCACUUAAACUCUUACAGAUGGCACAAGCUUGGAAGAAAUCGGGAAACAACAGCAGUAAUAACUCAUAAAGCAAUAAAGAUAUUGUACAUAAUAACCCAUUUGAACAAAUAAG